AUGGCUGUACAAAAGCUGGGUACAGGAACAUCAGUGAGAAAACAAGGAAAAAACACAACCCACAAGACACUGUGUGGUAUAUUCCUCGGAAGCAAUUCCAAAUACAUGAAAUAUAGUUUAGUGACAAAAAUUGAGUAUAACGUCAAUCGUCACUUCAACUACUUUAACGGAGUUGAAUUUCACAAGUUCCUUUCCAGUGAAGAGGACCAAACUCAUGAGCUUAUAUAUAACUCUCAUCAUGUUCUUGCAGAAAUGAGUUUGUCAGAACAUCGCGCAUUAAAGAUCAAUUUUCUCUUUUUCUCAUUCAGCCUGACGUCCGAUGUUGAUUCGCGCAUCCUUUUAGCGAACACUCAUGAUAGAAAGUUUUAUGUGCGCGAUGCUGGGGGCUACAGCUCUGUGUCAAGCAUUACAAGAGCUGUCUCGGCAUUACAACUAGUACAGCUCUACAUUUACGUAUUUAAUCAGACAGCUAUAGUAUAA